GCUUCUCUAUGUCAGAGUCAGGGCACAGCCAACCUGGGCUGUAUGAGCGCCGCCGCCGCUGGAACCGUGAUAAAGAACUGGGUCACCAGAGCCUGUCUGGGCCAGGCCGGGACCGGGACUAUGUCCCUUGGGACCGUGAUCGAGAUCGGCGGGACCCCGUGGACGAGCCAGUGGGAUCCAUGAUGCAGAAGACCCCGAUCAUCUUGGCCAAGCCACCUGCAGAGAGGUCCAAGGGAGCUCCGCCUCCCACCCCCGCUCCAGCGCCUGCCACGGUCCCACCCAUCGAGAAGCCCAUUGUGCUGAUGAAGUCCCGGGAGGAAGGCAAAGGCUCUGCGGGGGCGACGGAGACAUCCGCCCAGCCCCCCGCAGCUGUCGCCAAGGUAGAGAAGGAGGGCCAACGGCCCACGCAGCCAGUCUAUCAGAUCCAGAACAGAGGGAUGGGCUCCACCGCAUCCAGCGGCGUCAUGGACCCUGUGGUCGGUCAGGCCAAGCUGCUAGCCCCCGAGAAGAUGAAACACAGCAUCAAGCUCGUGGAUGACCAAAUGAACUGGUGCGACAGUGCUAUAGAGUACCUCCUGGACCAAACGGAUGUACUGGUGGUUGGAGUCCUGGGUUUGCAGGGUACCGGCAAGUCCAUGGUGAUGUCACUGUUAUCGGCCAAUCAACCUGAAGAGGACCAGAGGACCUAUGUGUUCCGCACUCAGAGCCAAGAGAUCAAGGAGCGUGGGGGCAACCAGACUAGCGGCAUUGACUUCUUCAUCACUCAGGAGCGGAUCAUCUUCCUGGACACUCAGCCAAUCCUCAGCCCCUCCAUCCUUGACCAUCUCAUUAACAAUGACCGCAAGCUGCCUCCUGAGUAUAACCUACCACACACCUAUGUUGAGAUGCAGUCCCUCCAGAUUGCUGCUUUCCUGUUCACCGUCUGCCACGUGGUCAUCGUGGUGCAGGAUUGGUUCACGGAUCUGAGCCUGUACAGGUUCCUACAGACUGCUGAGAUGGUGAAACCUUCCACUCCGUCCCCCAACCAUGAAUCCAGCAGCUCCUCCGGCUCAGACGAGGGCACGGAGUACUACCCACACAUCGUCUUUCUCCAGAACAAAGCCAAGAGGGAGAACUUCUGUCCCCGGAACCUGAAGCAGAUGCACCUUGUGAUCGAUAAGAUCAUGAUGCACUCCCAUCUGAAAUACAAAGGCACCCUCUCCAUGCUGGAUUGCAACAUAUUCCCCGGCCUGCCCCCAAGUUACCUGGACUCAGAGGUCAACCUGUUCUUACUGCCUUUCAUGGACUUGGAUGCAGAUGAUGCUUUGCCCAGAGCAGCCCCUGGAAGUGGCCCGCUCUUCUCCCUCCUGCCUGGCUACAAGGGGCACCCCAGUUUCCAGUCUCUGAGCGCCAAGCUCCGGAGCCAGAUCAUGUCCAUGUCUCGGCCUCAGCUCUCCCACACCAUCCUGACAGAAAAGAACUGGUUCCACUAUGCGGCACGCAUCUGGGAUGGGGUGAAGAAGUCCUCUGCUCUUGCGGAGUACAGCCGCCUGCUGGCAUGAACGUGGUGCCCUCAUGCUGGAGCCACCGAGGGGUGGCCAGACUCCUCCCAU